GAGCUUCACUUGGCCAGGCAGAGCAAGCCGCCAAAAUCGCCGGUAUCCCUCACGCCAGAGCUUGCACUUUCGCAGGUCGGACUCGUGGCGACCUCGGGUCAGUGGAAAUAGCGUAUUAACUGGCAAUGAUCAGCGGAGGAACAACACCGAUGGAAUUUAAUGAAUCCUCCAUGGUUCCGGGCCCCCAUGACCUCGACCUCGUGUGGAAGAAGUCAGAUUCCGAAUCGGUGUAUUCUCGACGACUUUAGAGUUGAUUUAAUGCAAAGUGCAGCGAGGGUUCUCUGUGGUUCGCAGGCGAGGUAGUCAUCGAUGACACUGGUCUAAAGUAAACGGUAAAAGGAGUGUUCAACUCUAAGCUUUCAGUUCUCAUUUUACAAUACACGGAAAAGGCCUUACGCUUGACUGAAGCUCACUAGAGUCUAAAGUGGUGCCGAGCAGUAUAGCACGACAAGAGGACUAGUCCUUCAAAUGAAAGCGCACAAAGCUGCCGAAUUUGAGUAGAUUCGAGGAUUUAGGGUUUACAUCUACAAGUGUGACAAUUGGCUGAUUGCAGGACUUCGCUCCGUCAGGUCGCUCCUUGGUGGAAAUGGCGCUCAGGCAAGCUCUGGGUGAAUCUCAUGGCGAGAUUAUGCGGGAAGAUGCUGUUCCGUGCUCUCGCAUUACGAAGGCAUUUGCUGCAGUGGCAUCUUUGGGUGGAUUCAUCUGCUCCUGGCCCCUGUGUGUAAUUUACUAUGGUCCGCGAAUGACAAGACCGAGACUGCUGAGAUGGCAACUAUGUGGCACAGUUGGUGCCGGAGCUGCGAUGGUAGUGUACACAAGGUUGUGGGAGCCUGCCUGUGAACCACAAAAUAUUGCUGCCUACGACAAGCGCAACUCGUGAUCCCGGGGUUCACGUCUUGAUUUUUCUGCCGGGAAUUUACAGGGAACAAACUCUUGGAAAGGUUUUCGAAAGUUUUGGUUGUUGGGAAUCUGCGGUCAUUGGUAACAAUUGAGGCCUAGUAAGCUUUCAGGUGGUUUAGCUUUCUUCACGAGAGUUCUGAUUUACCUCGGAGAAUCGCCCUGUAUGAUGUUGUGCAUCGAAUAUAUGCGCAUUCGAUCUGCUCUGAGGAACGAAACACGCAGCAGGGUUUAGCAAACUUGCCUUCCGUGCCUAUCUGGGUACUUCGCCGUGCUUCACCUUCCCAUGGAAAGUGAAAUGUUGCUUCAUACCUUUCGGUCCUGAGAUUAUUACGAUUGAAAGACCCCAGUUCCAACACCCCAGCACUUUGUUCUGUUCCCAUGACCCCCUUUCCAUCUCAAUCGCGUAAGAAAAAAAGGGACAGGAUUCCUACAUAUCUAGAACAUGUCUUACCGACAGAGUGGACUGUCCUGUUUGGGCAAGAUGUUGAAUUGAAUAAAUUGUUGCUCAUACCUCCGGUUGUGAA